AUGGAGGAUCAGGAAUUGGCAAUGUUUUUACUCGCCAAGGAAAGGUAUUUCGGGAUCAAUAAAACGCUGGAAAAGAUUCGGAAGCGUUUUUAUUGGGCAAUCUGUAAGAAGGAUGUUGAGGAAUGGUGCAGAACCUGUAGGAUUUGUGUUGCGAAAAAGGGUGCUACGAAUAAAGAGAAAUCUCCUUUGCAGAUCUUUAAUUCGAGAGCUCAUUUUGAAAGGAUUCAAAUGGACAUUUUAGGCCCGUUACCUGUUUCUUCUUCAGGCAAUAAGUAUCUUCUAGUUGUUGUGGAUUGUUUUACUAAAUGGGUAGAGGCUUUUCCUCUGAAGAAUAUGAGAGCUACUACGGCAGAAAUUUUUGUUAAUCAGUAUUUGUCGAAGUUUAUUGAAGAGAAUCAAAAGGAUUGGGAUCAUUGGAUUCCCAUGUUUCUUCUUGCCUAUAGGACCUCUAAACAUGAGGCUACAGGCGGUACUCCUUCGGAAUUGUUUUGCGGAAGAGAUCUUACCUUGCCGAUGGAUUUGCUAAGAGAUACUCCUCUGAGUUAUGGUUUUUCUGAGUCAGCGGAAGAAUACGUUCGGGAUUUGCGGCAGAAACUCGAUGAAAUUCAUCAGGGAUUUUCAAUUUUUGGAGAGACGUUGAGGGAAGAUCCGGAGCCCAUUCAACAGGCAGAAACUUCGAGCCGAACAUCGAGCUGA